AUGGGUAUCCGUUUGCCAGGAAUUACUCAUGCCAAGAUGAUUCUCCGACACUCUCUUCUUACUGCAAACCAUACGACUUCAGCGACCAUAGACGUCCCUAAAGGCCACCUUGCUGUUUAUGUUGGAGCAACCCAGAAGAAGCGGUUUGUUGUACCAAUAUCCUAUUUGAACCACCCUUCGUUCCAAAAGUUGCUAAAUCGGGCUGAAGAAGAGUUUGGGUUCGAUCAUCCAAUGGGUGGUCUCACCAUCCCAUGCGAAGAAGAGGCAUUCAUUGAUCUAACAUCAAGUUUGAAUGGUUCAUGAGACGUAGGGUAGGGAUCAAGAAAGACAAAAAGGAAGUCUAGAUUUUGUAAAGCAGAGAUGUA